AUGUCAACUGCAAAGCAACGACAUUAUGCGGCGCUUGCCUCGCGAUUACGGGCUCUGAAGACAAAUUUGGCAGAAUCUGAAGUUCAAAUGGAUGCACUCGCUAGACACUUGGAUAAGAUGCGACAUCUGGGAGCGAAUCACGCGGCACAAUUCAUGGCUGUAUCUCGGAUACUCGAUGUGGACCUCGAGAAGGAAAAGGAGCGAGUUCAAGCGGCAUAUGAUGCGGAGGCUCAAGAACCGGAACAGGAGAGCGCAUGA